AAAAAAAAGAAAUGUGUAACUUCAUAACAGUUUGUUUGAGCCACGUGCUAUUCAAUGACCAUGAUUUUUCAAUUGUUUUUGAGGGGGAAAAUUCAAUAUUGAAGGCAGCAGCAAAAAUCAAAGCGUUCUCCGUGCAUCUAUCUUUUCUUUAAAUCACUUUUUCUUUCCUUGUUUUUUUUUUCUUUUUAUUGACAGCACCUAAACUCUUCCAGUACGAAUUUCAACGAGAGAGAACAGCAUCAAAGUAAUUGUAAAGCACAUUGAUCAUUUACACCCGCUCCUUUUUUUAUCAUUGUUUCGAAAGUUCAUUUCUGAGAUGUUGCCCAUCACCUUCGAUUUGGCAAAAUAUCCAACGAUCGACACCAUUCGUUUAUUAGCAGCAUUACUUGAAAGGAUGACCAUUGCUAACGACUUGUUGAGUAAACAGCAACAUCAGUGCUCAUCCUCUACACAGACGUCUAACAGACGAAACUCUUUAGUACCGGUUUACACUCGAUUUCACGCUAGACUUGUCCCUUCCAUCGAUAUCUACUCUUAUUUGUCUCGUAUUUUAAAGUACUGUCCGUGUGCGAACGAGUGCUUUUUAAGCCUAUUGGUGUACUUCGAUCGUAUGUCAAAAAAUUCUAUGGUGUUAACAGGAAAACCGUUCACAAUCGACUCUUUUAAUAUACAUCGACUCAUCAUAGCCGGAGUAAUGGUAUCUAGUAAAUUUUUCAGUGAUGUAUUUUAUACAAACACUAGAUAUGCUAAAGUUGGUGGAUUGCCUGUUAACGAACUAAACAGUCUCGAAAUAGAGUUCUUAAAAUUGAACGGCUAUAACUUGACAGUACCUAUAAGCGAAUUGCAAAAGUAUGGAGAUCAAUUAUUAAAGGUUGGAUAUAUUCAGGAGAUGAGGAAACCUGCAGCUUUUCGGCAUAGCCGAUCCAGUUCAUUUGAUGUGGCACGUAAAAAUGAUAUGGAACGAGUUUGCGAGUUAACACAGCGUAUGUCACUGGAUGGUCAUGGCCAACAAUAUUAUCAACAACAGCAAUAUUCCCAUCCUAGACACAAUAGUAAUAACUUUAAGAGACAUAGUAAUAGUCAUUAUUAUUCUCACAAUCAAUCACAACAACAGCAGCAACCUUCCUUACGCCGAAUGACAAGUACAAGCAGCCUGAAAGACAAUAGACCUUCUUCAACAGCGAAUUACGAUAAAAGGUAUUCAAGGUCAAAUGUUAACCUAACGCAAGGCUGCAGUAAUACGCAUAAUCAGUAUAAAGGCCUCUAUAGCUAUAACCAACAGCAGCAACAGCAACGAUACACUGAAGGAACUAUUUGCAAAAGUAGUAAUAACACCGUCAGUAAUGGAAGUGAUAACAUUCGUAGAAUAUCGAUGACUUCAAUUCAUGCCCCACCUUUCGUACCAAACAAUGAAAUUAAUCCACAACAACAGCAACAACAGCAGCAACAGCAGAAUAUUUACUAUUAUUACCCUCAAGUUGGUUUACCAACACCUCCACCCUCAGCCUCGCCUAUUGAUUAUCAUUCACCUACUAAUAAUCUAAGCGCGAUGUACCUAUAGGAAAUACUCAUGGAUUUUUAAUCAAAUGAUCAAGUUUGACAUACAAGACAUACUUGUUCUUUUAAUGCAAUAUUUCUUCAUAUAGCCCCCUUAUUUAUUCUUAUUUGUAUUUCAGAAUAACCAUAAAAUUUCUUUCUUUCCGGCAUCUAUAUCCUCUAACUAUACAUACUAUAUCCUGUGGUUCUAUUAUGACUAUUCUUUACCAUUAUUAUACAUACAAACAGCUUAAUAAAGCACUAUAUUUUAUAGCCUCAAGUCUUUUGACAUUAUUUUUCAUAUAUUCCACUUGCCAUAAACCUAGACAUCUUGCGC